GAAAAAUUUUCUAAUUUUAAAGUUUUUUUUAAAGUAUUUUCUAUAUAAAGUAUCUUGUACAUCUAUAAAUUAGAAUCCUCUAGCAAAAGAAAAGACAAGCAAUCCAUCAAAGAACCCUGAACAAAUAAAUUAACGGGAGGAAGUAACUACAAAAUGGCAAAAGGACACUGCAUUAUUGCAGCUCAUUGUGUCCUCAUUGUCAUUCUUGUUGUUGCAACCACCGUUAGCUCUGAUGAUACAACACCAAUACCGGCGGAUGAUUCUAAAGUAAGUGAUUGGUUCAAAACUAUGGUUAAGCCCUUGGUAAGUCGUAAAGGCACUUUAGAUCCCGCUCUUGAAGCUGCCGAGGCCAAAUCCAGAACAAUUACCCUCUCAAAAGAUGGAAGGGGAGAGUUCAAGACUCUUACUGAUGCCAUUAAAAGUAUUCCAUCAGACAAUAAACAACGUGUUAUUAUAAAAAUUAGUCCUGGAGUCUACACUGAAAAGCUCCAAAUUGAAAGAAAUAAGCCUUUUAUUACACUACUUGGAGAUCCUAAAGCCAUGCCCAUUUUGGCAUUUGGUGGCACCGCUCAUCAGUAUGGAACUCUUUACAGUGCCACUAUAGCCGUAGAGUCCGAAUAUUUUAUGGCCGUUAAUAUUAUUUUUAAGAAUACUGCACCAGGACCUAUUACGAAGAACCCGGGAGCUCAAGCAGUAGCAUUAAGAGUUAGUGGUGAUAAAGCAGCUUUCUAUAACUGCAAAAUGCUUGGAUUUCAAGACACAUUGUGUGAUGAUAACGGACGCCACUUUUUCAAAAAUUGUUACAUUGAAGGCACUGUUGAUUUCAUUUUUGGAAAAGGAAGAUCACUUUAUUUGGAAUCACAAAUAAAUGUAAUAGAUAAUAAGGGAGUGACAUUCAUCACAGCACAUUCAAAGGAGAAGAAAUCAGACGUUGUUGGUUACUCAUUUGUACAAUGCAAAAUAACCGGAAGUGCAUCUGGAGCAUAUCUGGGACGAGCAUGGAGAGCGAUGCCAGAGGUGGUCUUCUCUUAUACUGAAAUGGGUAGCGUUGUUAAUCCUCUUGGAUGGUCAAAUAAUAAUAAACCUGAGAGAGAAAGGACGGUUUUCUUUGCUGAAUACGAGAAUUCUGGACCCGGAUCAAAUCCUAAAAGACGUGUUAAAUUCGAUAAGCAGCUAACGGAUAAAGAAGCCAAAAACUUCCUCACCCUUGGUUAUAUUCAAGGUUCUAAAUGGUUGCUUCCACCUCCAAUGUAAUUUAUAUCUAAUUAUCAUUU